AUGCUUCCUCAGCCAAGGUCUCUUUGCUCUCUCAGGGCAUUUUGGAUUUCAUUAUUUGCAGCUGCAAUACUCCGGGCACCCACUCCACGCUCUUUCCACACCCUCUUCCAUCUCCACGGCUUUCUCUUUUCUCAUCAACAUCCACGACAUCCGUGUCAGCGCCAUUCUCUUUAA